AUGGCCCUCGAAGCGCCGCUACGAUCAUCCACUGGAAGCUUGCAGUUUCAGUUCAAUCACCAAGGCGACAUGUCUGCAACGUCCGAGUCUGACGGAUUCAGGUCACCAUUUAGAAUCAUGUCUUCCCCUCCGCCAGCCACAGACUCCUCCUCUCUUCGGCCUGACUCAAUGCAUCAUCGGCUGUCCCAUUCGAUGCAAUUGUUGAGCCCCAGUGAUAUUGUCGGACCAUCUCCUGUGACCUCCAACGGCACCGAGACCACGGAAAUCGAGGACGAUGUUGCCGACGAUGUCGAGCAGGAUCACGGAGCGGGAGGAAAUUCCUACCGCCACUCAGAUAAUCUCUUGCUUACCACAAACCUCCCCGAAAUCGUUCGUCAAGGUAACCCUGAAGAAGCCGUCUCCGUGAUCCAUGCUCCGGAGAGCUUCGCCAGCUGGGUAAGUAAUUUUGAUGCGACGAGUGCGACAGCUAAACCUGCGCAGGUAUCCAGCGAGCCUUCUGCCAAAUCAGUCACCUCAACAGAGAGAUCAUCUCCCCGAGCCGAUGGCGCCAGCCAGCCAUCCUCUACUGGGACCUUCAACAGUUCGUCAUGUGAAAAGCCUCCUAGCCAUCCUGCUCGGCCUCCCAUCUCUACUGAUGUCAAGCCUGUGCGAUACAGCCUAGACAGUGCCACACCGCGAGCACAAGACUUGCAGGACAUGCUCGUAGAUGGUAGCCGACUGCGUUCGAGCAGCACCAGCAGUCUUGAAAAAAUCGACGAGCAGACUGAAGCCGAGGGUGACGACGACGAACCUUUUCCUCACGUGCCUCAAGUGGCUGAUGAGAUUGGCGAUUUACGGACUCUCCUUCAUGAGUCCUGGACGCUGUGUAACACCCUGGCCAAUUUAAGCUCGAUGCAUCGACCACGAGCCUUUAGGGACUCGGGAACUCCUGAUGCUGUUGAGAGAGCCUGGAAAGCGUGCUGGAAGCUCUGCCAUCGCCUUUACGACAACCAGGAUGAGGACCCUGCAUACAUGAGCGUCAAGUUCAACCUGGAUCUUUGUCGUGACUUUUGCCAAGCGCUAUUCGAUGUCCGCGAUAAGAAGGACGAGCUGGCAGACUCUGUCCUCAGGGUUAGCUUUGAGCUGAACAAUCAUUUAUACAGCGCACAAGACAACCGAAACCUUCCAGAACAGUUCCGGGAACGGACUCUCGACUUCUACAUCACCCUGUGUCAUCGUCUCAUGAAGCAGCGCGGUGAACUCCUUGGCAAGACUGAUCAGCUCCUAGGAGCUUGCUGGGCCCUCGCCGAGAUGCUCUUCAGUCUGCGUCAGAACAGACUGGGCGGCAAGCCGCCGGACGGCGAAUUGCUCCUCUCUGCAGUUCAGGCAUGCUGGGGCUUGGGCGACAUAUUCAAGGACAGCUGGGCCAAGGUGAACCCGGACAGGAGCACUCCUCGGCCAUCCCAGAGCUUCUUCUCCCACUCUUCCGACCAGACUGGUCGUGAAAGCCGACAGUCAAAUCGCUCGUCACGCCACUCAAAGCAAGUGAGCAUAAAGAGCACUCAUCAGGAAGAGCGGCCGCGAAAGCCUCCACAGGUCCCCGAAACCCCGGUUACGGAAUUCGAAGACACACCAAUUUCUCCCGAGAGCCGCUCCCCCCAGAUGCCCAAUCUGCUGGUGCUUGGCCCUUCCAGUGACGGUGGCCGAGGCGGCAGAUGGUCCAGCAGCGCAUCCAACCUGUCAAGCUACUCCCACAGCAGCAACAGGACUUCGAGCACCGCGACGACAACUACAGCAACCGAAGACCCCAAUGUCGCACGUGCAAAGAUCCUUGUCCUUCGAGCCGCUAUGACUCUCGGAUUCGACCGUGAUGCCAUCACCGACCCGAAGACAGCCCCAGCCCAGCUGCAGAAGUUUGUGCAGAGCCUUCCCGCAGACGCGUUUGGUUCUUCGCCAAGGGAAACGACGCUCCUUCAACAAUACAAGAACUCGGUGCUCAUGGACGCAUUCAUCCCACGGAGUAACACAAUACCCUCUCGCGGCAAGAGGGUUCCGGCGGUGGAUAUGGCAAAGAGCAUCCAGACCUUGGCCAACAGCUCGCCUCGCUAUGCCUACCUACGUGAUCUCUUCGGAUUCGUCUUCAACUUUCCCAUUGAAGAGGUUGAUGCUCGACGACACACCAGCAUUGCCGUCUAAAGACCCUUUAUACGUUAUGAGGCACACAUGUGCCAAGGAAACAUGAAACAAAUGAAUUGAGAGCAACGCAAAAGAAGCCAGAGCAAGGAAAGGAAGGGACACAUAUUGAUGAAGGGUUGGCGAACCAUCUUUCCUAUGUCAUUACGCUCCAGAUACCCCCUUUACACUAUACGUUGCGUUGAUCACGGCCAU